AUGACAGAUUCUUAAAAAAAACCCUAACUUAAAAUGAUAAAUAAAUUGAAAUGUAAUGAAAACAAACUUCUCAAUGACAUGCCAGAGCUCUCAACUUAGGAGUCACAGUAAAAGAAAAAGAGAAAUCGCUUUAAAAAUAUAGACUGGGAGCAAGUGCUGGAUUAUGAUAACCUCGUGUUGAAUGACCAAGUUUAUGAAGCUCCUUGGAUGAGAUGUACAAAGAAAAGAAAGAAAUUAUGCACAUCUUUUGAUAAAAAUGACUCUACAUCAAACAUAUAAGGAAGCUCAUUCAGUUUAACUGGGUCAAACAGUAAAAUUGACAGUAUAUCACUUUCUCAUUCAAAUGAACUAAUUAGCCCUAUGUCUUCAUUAAAAAUAAUUACAACUGCAGAAAAAAAUUGCAGUGGGGGUAAUAAACCUAAUGUAUCAAAGUAAUAGAAAAAAUCUUCUGAAAAAGAUAAUCAUUCAAGUAAUGUUGCUAAUAAAAUGAAAUAAGGUUUUUAACAAUGCUCAAAGUAAAAUGGUAUGGAUAAUUCGUUUGAUGAAGAGAAUCUACCUAAAGGUGAUUUAAAGGAUAAACCCAUUAGUAAUAUUAAGUAAACUCGUCAAAAGUCCUAAAAAGAGCGCGAAUUAAAAGCUCAGUAAGGAGAAGAUUUGACACAAUAGAAUAAAUUAAUCACUAAUGAAACUCAGUUCUCUCAGUAGAAAAUACAAAGUAAAUCAGGGAAAUCAAAUAAAAGUAACUCUCUUAAGGCCAAUGAGACUUCGAUUAAUACAGUUUCUAAAGCCAUUAAUACUUAAGAUGAAAAAAAUAAGUAUUAAGAUAAUUCUUCCAACACUAACCAUUCGUCCUAAAUUAAAGAAAGUUCUCUUAACUUGCUAAAAACAUAAUAUUGUAAAAAAUUUUUAAAAAAAUCUUAAAAUGAUUGUUCACAGGAGCCUUCUAGUGAAAAAAGCAGAAAGAGCACAGCUAAUCAAGAGGAAACUAAAAAAGACAAGUGUAUUAAUGAAAACUUGAAAGUAGCUCUUCAGACUAGAUCUCAAACCAAACGCUCCCCCACCUCCUCCCGUUUGAAUGAAGAUGCUCUUGUAAUUAACUAAUCAUAUGACGACAGUGAUGCUUCUACAAGAGAUGAAGACCACUAAGAUAAUCAUAUCAGAUAGCCUCAUAUCAAAGAUAGAUCUAUUAAAAAUCAAACCUAAAGGAUUACGAGAGCUGGUGUCAUAUCUAAUAAUGACUAAUUACUAACUUUAAAAGAAAGUCCAUAGACUAAAUAGAAUAAAAAAGAUGGUGAAAACGAAAAAUUUGGAUAAACCCCAGAAAAAAAAUCUAAAAAAACUUAAAAUAUAAAAGAUGGUAGUAGUUCAAAACUUAAAAAUGAGAAAGAACUUUAGCAAGAAAAUGAAGAAAGCUAGAAAGGAUAACAAUCUUUGAAAGGAAGUAAAAAUAAAUAGUUAAUUGGCAAAUCAUCUACUAUUCAAGAGGCGGGUGAUGAUAAUUAGAUAGAUAAAAACAAAAAAUAAAAAAAAGAUAAUAACAAUAACAAUAAUUAAAAGAAGAAUUAGAGAGCUAAUAAAAAUUAAUUUAAUCUAAAACUCGAUGAAACUUCAAACAGUAAUUAAAAUUCUUCACAAAUAGAGUUAGAGUCAAACUCUUUUGAGUAAGCAGAGUUACAAGGAUAAAUAUUAUCUUUAAAUCUUAAUAAGUAAACCAGCUAAGCCUCUCUUAGAGGAGGACCUUAAGCUGAGUUGAAUAGUUCUGUUGAGAAUUUGUAUGAAUAAAGCAUUCCUAAUAUUCCAAACAAAAAGUCUUAAUUUAGUAAAAAUAUACCUCAGAAUGAAAAAACAUAUUCAACUUCUUCAUUAGAUUCAGAAUAAAAUUUAGAAAAAAUAGAUGAAGAACUAAAUAUUGAGGAGUCAGGAUUCGAAAACUCCAACAAUAAUGCUGCAGCUAUAUAGCAAUUGUAAAUCAAUCAAUAAGAAAUUGACUUGGAUUAGUAAUAAGUUCCACACCUAUACAUCCGUAACUAAGACUAUGCUACCAAAGUUGGACGUAGCUAUUAAGCUGUUAUACCUGAGUUAGGUAGCUACAAUAAUCAGUAAAAUCACUUGUAAAGACUGGUGACUCAAUAGAAAGUUUGGGGAAGAGAUUGGAUAGAAGAAAAAUAAUAAAAAAUUAUAGUGAAGUGUACCGCAACUCUAAAAUAAUGGUAUGGAAAUAGAAGAAAUGAAGAAUAAUGCAUUCAACAUUUAAUGCUUUUGGGGUUUGAUGAUAGUAAAUAUAAUCAGUUUUUAGAAGAAAAUCAAGACUAUUUCUAUAAUAUUUAUAACUAAUAUGAUGCUAAAUUUAUAAAGAAGAAAAUUAAAAAGAAAUCUUUAUUUUCUUGCAAAUGA